UGAUCUUUUUCAAGAAUGCAGAAAGAAAACGAAAGUAGAUAUUUCGUGUUCAAAGGCCAUGGGAUGAAUAUGACAUUACAUUUCUAAGUAGUAGACCAUCUAAAGGAUGUCUGGAAGUGCGUGGAAGCAGACUUUGUAUCGGCGUUGUGUCUAUGUUUACGGCGAUGGAUUGGAGACAUUAGAAACCGAUCCCACUGGUGUGGAGGGAUCCUGCGCUGUUGUCACUGUUCCUGACCCAGCAGAUCAAAGGGGCGGGCGCAGACUUUUAUUGCUUUUUAAAGACGAGAAAUAUGUCCAGAGCUAUUUAGAAGCAAAAUGCAUUAACUACAAAGGGUGUGAGUGGAGAGCUGAACAUUGCAAUAAUGCCUGUGAUAUUCCAGACGAAUGGGAACAAUUUGUGGGAGCAUCAUCCCAGACUCAUAUGCAGUAUCCAUCCAAUGAACCAGGAUCCCAGCAGAAUGAAACAUACGCCAACAUGCCUGGUAGACAAGAUGUAUACCAUUUACCAAUGCCUGAUGCACGGAUGUAUCAGGCUGCAAGUGGUCAGCAGAUGCCUUUUGCUCCAGGGUCAAAUCCCCAGUUUAAUCCAUACAUGUUUCAGGGCUUUCCCCCCUCACAAUAUCCGUUAUCCAUGAUUCCUCAGGAAGGAGCGACAGCACAAGGAAACCCACCAGAGGGUGGACAUUUUCCAAUUCCACCACAAUUAUGGAUGCAACAAAUGCAACAAAUGCAGCUGAUGUAUGAGAAAAUGAAAGUAGCAGGGGGUGCAGGUGCCCCUCCCCCUUACUCUGAGGAGGAAGCUGAAUCAGGAGGAGGAAGUUUACCUGUCAGCAGUUCACAGGGAAGUGGGUCAGAAACUCAUGUAAAGUCCCAUUCUAUGGAGCAGCUAAACAUGGACAGAGAAGCAUCUGCUGAGUAUGAUCCAGACCAAGAAGAUGAUGGAAACCCAGAGAAGGAAGAUACCAGAACAGAGGUGGCUAUGAUUAAAGUUACAAAUAUUCCAUCUGGUACAUCCGAGGAUUCUUUGCUGUUUUUCUUUGAGAAUCGAAGGAAGAGUGGUGGUGGUUCAAUAAUAGACAUUGAGUAUGACCAAGAUACACAGUCAGCUGUUAUCACUUUUGAAGACCCUGAAGCUGUAAAACGGGUGUUGGGGAAGAUGCCAAUAUUAUUUUCUGGAGUUCAGAUAGGAGUGGAAGAGUUUCGACCAAGUUUAGAAGUUGAGAGUGCAGAUCAGGAGGAAGUGAUGGAAUCUGAGAACAUUCUAGAAGUUCGGGGUGUGUCAGACAGAACAAGCGUAGAUACAGUGGAAAUGUACUUUGAGAACACUCGUCGUUCUGGAGGAGGAGAUAUAAAAAACAUAGAAGAAAAGGAGGGGGUGUUUUACAUUGUGUUUGAGGAUGAAAGUGUUAUUGAGAAUGUAUUGCGGAAAAGACAUAAAAUUGAUGGAACAGUUAUUGAGGUAUGCCGAUAUGUUCCACCUCCUCCUCCGAAGCCAGUGUCAAUGUACCCAAAUAAAGUCUUUAUCAAAAACAUCAGUGAAAAAACAACCAGAGAUGGACUGGAAAACUUUCUGGAAGCAAAAACCGGCCUAACACCCACAAGUAUAGAGUAUGGGGAGCUGGAGGGAGCAGCCUUAGUCACCUUUGAAGAAGAUUUAGAUUUUGAGAAGUUACAGCUGGCCUGUAAGAAGAGGAGUUUAGACAAGUCAUAUCUGGAGGUAUCCCGGGUUCCCAUCACAAACUGUGUCAUUGUUAGAAACAUCUCGGAGAAGACAUCUCGAGAUACUCUUCAGUUUUACUUUGAUAAUAAAAGAAGGAGUGGGGUGACAGGGGUUUUGGACGUCAGACAGUUUGAUGGAUUUUGUCUGGUCUACUUUGAGGAGCCAGAAGCUGUGGAUUUGGUAUGUAGGAGACAACACAAAGUUGAUGGCCAGGUUCUUGAUGUUAAGAUUUAUUAUGAGUGCCUUGGACAAGUAGAAAGCGAAGAGGAAGGGCCAUUCCAACCUCCAGGACCAUUAGAACUUACAGACCUGGAUACCAAGAAACUUCAGUUCCUUAUCAAAUCACCAUCAAAUCAGCAGGCAAUAGACAAGCAGCUCGAGGCUGUGUAUGGAAAGCCUGUCUGGCCAAAGAAGUCUAAAUCUGUGUCUCUCACAGUAGAUUGUACCUUGACUGCUGAAACCAAAGACUGUAAGAAACUGGCCAAAACAUGGGAAGCCAAGGUGAAGGAAAAUCUGAACAAAUUUUUGGAUCUUCUGCUUGUUACCAAACAUUCCACUUUACAGGAAGCAUUCCCUCUGGUGCUCAAUGAGCUGAAGUCCUUGACAAUCAGUAAUCCUGAUGCUGUUGCUGUUGUCCUGGAGAAAAGCAAUCAUGAAAUUUAUGUGACAGGUCACAUACAGGCAUCUCAAGAAGUGUCCAGACAAGUCAGCGAUAUCAUUAAGAAAGUAGAACAAGAGUUGGACAGGAAGAAACAGCAAGUUCAAGAGGAGAAAAAGAUUAAAAGACAUCAAGUGCUGAUUCUACAGUUUUGUAAGUUUGAGCAGAAUCUUCAAAAGAAGUAUGAGGGCAUAUCUCUAAAAUAUGAUGUAGGAAAGAACUGUGUCUACUUUGAAGGACUUAGUGGUGAUGUUACCCCAGCAAUAGUUGAAAUGUAUGAGUUUUUGAGUAAAGUUGUGAAGGCUGAGGUAAAGCCCUUUUCUAGAUUUCUUAGAAGUUUUCUGGUAACCCAGCCAGUGUGCAAGUACGUAAAUAGCAAAAUGAAGGAAAAUGACCUGAUCGGGGUCUGGGAGCCCUCAGAAGGAGAUGAAACUUUGACAGUUUAUUCAUUGUCAGACCAGCAGGCUGUUAAGGCAGCACAUUUACUGAAGGAAUCUGUGAUAGAGACCCCAGUUAAUGUGAAAGAUGAAUCAAGACCUCUGCUUUCACAAGAAGAAUGGCGGAGCAGAUCUACAGAGAUUGAAAAAGAAGGAGAGGGUUUAAUAAAAAUAAUAACACAGAUAGACCAGAGCAGAAUUCUUAUUCUUUGCACUGACAAGUGGGAAGGUCUCAGUCGAGAAUAUGUUGAUGAUUUUAUGAUGGAAAAUACUAUAUAUGAAGAAACAUUGCAACUAGACUCUGGUAUGAUGAGAUAUAUACAGAUGAACUGUGCACAAGCCAUUGAUAAAGUUGAUAAAGAUAUUCAAAAGGAUAAGGGCAAUGUAAAAAUCAGUAAUAUUGGUAUCAUGAUUAAAGGUACCAAAACGGGACUAAAUAAAGCUAAGUAUGCUGUUGAUCAGAUAGUCCAAGGUGUUAAAAAACAAGUUCAUCCCAUUAAGAAGCCAGGAAUAAGGAAACACUUAGAAUCUACACAAGGUCAGGACAAAAUUCGAUCAGUUGAAAAGACCCAAGGUGUUGUGAUUGAUGUGAGUGAUGAAAGCUUGUCUGAUGAAGACACGGAUAGCACAGUUCUAAGGACUGGCGUACCAAGACAAGAACUAGCCGUCUGUGUCACACCACUAGGAAAGAAAAUCUCAGCCAUGGUGGUCGAUAUGUUAGAGCUGGAAGUAGAUGUCAUUGUAAACCCGGCCAAUAAAGACAUGAGACACAUUGGAGGAUUGGCCAAAAUUAUAGUGGAAAAGGGUGGCAGGUCCAUUCAGGAAGAAUGUAAUGAUUAUGCAAGAAAGAAAGGUCGCCUUAUGGAGGGACAGGUCUUCUUUAGCUCUGCUGGAAAUCUGAAAUGUAAAGGAGUUGUCCAUGCCGUGGGUCCCGUCUGGCAGAACGGCACCAAUCAGGAGGAAGAAUACCUACGCGAGGCUGUGUUCAAAAGUUUGGAGGCCACAUCCGAGAACAGAUUCACCUCCAUUGCAUUUCCAGCUCUGUGCACUGGUGUGUUUGGGUAUCCUAUGCGAGAGGCCACUCGAGUGAUUGUUGUGGCAGUGAGAGAUUUCUUUUUGGAGAAUUCCAGCUCUCCCGUAGAAGCUGUAUAUUUGUGUGAUGUGAGUCAGGACACUGUGGAAGGAUUUGUGCGGGCCAUGAAGAAGGAGUUAAAAGAUGUAAAAGUUAAAUCCCCAGAGAGCAGACCUUCAGGGAGUAGCAGUAAAUGGAAGACAUCUUCUGGUCCUGUCCCUGCAGAGAGGAAGUCUUUCAAGCCCUCCCCUGUUGAAGCUGGUAAUAUCACUGUUCGUGUCAUCACUGGACAAAUUGCCAAACAGACGGUAGAUGUGAUCGUGAACACAACCUCCAAGGAUCUGAAGUUAGGAAAUGGUGCUGUGUCUGCCUCCCUUCUAAAAGCAGCAGGACCAGGGAUACAGCAGGAAUGUGACCAGAACUACCCAGGGGGCAUUCAGCAUGGCAACAUAGCAGUGACAUCUGGUGGUAACCUUAGUUGUCAGUUCAUCUGUCACGGGUCACUGCCUGGCUGGGAUCAAAAAGGACAGGCAUUAAAGAUUUUAAGAACAUUUUUGGAGAAAUGCUUGAACCAUGUAGACAGUAACAGGCUUUCAUCAGUAGCAUUUCCUGCCAUGGGAACUGGGAACCUAGGAUACCCCAGAGACACAGUUGCCAAGGAGAUGUUUGAUGCUGUCCAUAACUUUGGAUCCAAUAACCCCUCCACUACAAUUUCUGAUGUUCGAUUUGUAUUAUAUGAUAAGGACACAGAAACUGUCAAGGCUUUUGAGAGAGAAGAGAAGCGGCAGGGUGGUGGAAGUGGUCGCCAUGGACGACAGUUUGGCAGCAAUUCUCAGUAUCAGUCACCCUCCAAAGUCAGGGGAGGAGGAGGAUCAUUUGAAGCCGGAGGAAAUGGAAAUAAUUCCCCGAGUGAAUUAUCUGACUCGGAGGAGUUUGCCUUAGAUAUUGGAAAUCUUCAGCUAAAAGUUUAUCAGGGUGAUAUCACUAAAGCUAAUGUGGAUGCCAUUGUUAAUAGUACAAACUCUGACUUUGAUCUGACAAGGGGAAUAGUAUCAAAACUGCUUUUGAAACUUGGAGGUGAUGACCUGAAAACACAAAUAGCUCUAAAUACAAAAAGCUUGAAGGAAGAUGGAAUAGCUGUGACAACAUCAGGGAUCAAAAGUCGUCUUUCAUGUAAUUAUAUCCUACAUCUUGAUGCUGAAAAUACCAAAGAAUCUUGGGAGCAUAAAAUUUCAAAAACAAUUGAAAGAGCAGAUGAAAUACCUGGAUGCAAGUCAAUUGCUUUUCCUACUUUGGGACAAGCUUUUGGAGUAAAGGCUGAAAAUCUUGCCAAAUACUUUUUUGAGGCCUUGAAAGAAGGACAAGAAAAAAUCAAAAAUUUGAAAGAAGUUCAUAUUGUGAUAUUUGAGUCCAAACUUAUAAGGGCAUUUUUGGAGUCCUUUAAAACUUGCUGUGAGAACUACAAACCUAAAGAUGGUGGAUUCUUCAAGAAAAUGACAAAGAUGUUUGGUUUUGGUAAGCAAGAAAGCAAUAUGUGGGAAGGAGCUCGCAAAACUCAAAGAAUGCCUCUAGAUAAGAGUUCUGUAACUUUGGUGAUUUAUGCAGAUUCCCAAGAAAGAAUAGAUCAAGCAAUAGAUAUGGUUGAAAGAGGCAUUGACUCCUGUAUUACAAAGAAAUUUUUUAGUGACUCAGUGGUGAAAGAAUUCACACCCCAGCAGGAAUCAGAAAUCCAGCAGCUAAAGGAGAAACUUGAUGUUGAUGUGACAGUUGAGAAACGAGUUGGAAGGAUUAUUUUGCAAGGUCUCACUUCUGAUAUCAUGGAAGCUUCUGAAAAAGUUCACAGAUUACUUCGCCAGGCAGAUGCUGUGAGACAAGAGAAACAAGCUGCUGAAAUGAUGGCAAGCAUGGUUGAAUGGUGUUUCAUUGAAAUUACAAAUACAGGCCAAAAACUAGAACCAUACCCUGCUGACAUUAAUAUGCAGUUAGAGAAGGCCCUCAGAAAGCAGGAAGCUAAGGCAUCCUUUAAAGAUGCACAAGGAAAUAAAUACAUUGUUGAUUUGGCAGCUUAUGAGGAAUAUCCAGAAAGCGAUCCAACAGAUAUUGUAAAAGUCAUCAGAAAGAACAAAAUUAGUGGGUCUAAUUUUGAGCAACCAGUGACAUGGACAACUAUGGGGGACAAAGAGAAUGUGGCAGUAGUAACCCUGCAGCCUAGUAGUAAAGAAUACAAGGAUGUGGUAAAGGACUUCCAGUCUCAAGCUGGUGCUGUAAACAUAAUAAAGGUGGAAAGGAUACAAAACAGGAUGUUGAUGCAGCAGUAUGAUGCAAAAUUGAAACUAAUGGAGAAACAAAAUCCAUCUGGAAACAAUAAUGAGAUGGUUUUAUGGCAUGGGACGGCCAAUGAUUCAGUAGCCAGUAUCAAUACUUAUGGUUUUAACAGGAGCUACUGUGGAAAGAAUGCAACUGCAUAUGGAAAUGGUGUAUAUUUUGCUGUGAAUGCAAGUUAUUCUGCAAAUUCAACAUAUAGUCCACCUGACAUUAGUGGAAACAGACGAGUAUAUAGGUCUCGAGUAUUAACAGGAGAAUACUGCCAAGGGAGGAACGGAAUGAAAGUCCCCCCGAAUAAGCCCAGUGGUGGCCACAUUCUGUAUGACUCUGUUGUAGAUAAUCCCAACAAUCCAGGCAUUUUUGUUAUCUUUAAUGAUACACAAGCUUAUCCAGAAUAUCUUAUUACAUUUCAGUAAUUCUACAUUUUGACUUUUCUGUGCAUUAUAAUUAUACCAAUCCAUCAUUAUCAGAGAAAUGAGUUAAAAGUGGACUUUGCAACUCAAGUGCAAUGUUGCCUUGAGUUUGUGAGUGUGUGUGCCAUGAUGAAUUUUUCUAUGAAAUCGUAUUCUUUAUUCGUCCUAGUUGAUAACAUUACAAAUUAAGAAUGAUUUUUUACAUGAUUAAUAUCAUUUACAUGAUAAAACAUUUGAACAUUAUGAAUGAAAGAUUGAAGAAUGAUAAGUCCUGACUAAGAUAACCUUUACAUCACGAAUGUUCUUAUAAACGGCUACUACCAGGUAUAAAAAUUGUUAAUUUAAGUUAGUUUCAGUCUUCUCUUUUCCAAUUAUCUUCUAUUCCUCAGAUGUAUGUCAAAUAAGCCAAUCUGAAAAGUGAUUAAUGAAGUACAUUGUAUUUUCCACCAACAUACGAGUGCAAGUAUGUUUUUUAAAAAAAUUGUAAACUCAAUCUGGUACUUGUUUUAUUGUUUUUUUAUUUGUCAGUUUUUAUCAUACGAGUUAUAGUAUGACUGCUUUCUUCAAAAUCAUCAUAUACUAAAAAUCUAUUUAUGAAGACCAUUAAGUUAUUUUCAUUUUGUUGAUAAUGAAAAUAACAUCUAUUGAUUUUCACAUAAAUUCAAAACAAUGUCAUUACAUGCAUGCAUUAAGAAGUAGUGAUACUCUUUAAAUGAUACAUUGUAUAUUCAUUACAUACACUUCAGGAAAUAUACGAUUUAAAAUUUGGUUAAAACAUAAGAUUUUUUCACUUUUCAAACAAUAAUUUCUUAUGAUAUCAAAGCCAUUAAAUGAAAACUGCAGGCGUUAGAAGUACAAAAAUAAUAAACAACUUUUUCGUCACAUGUUUGUAGCAGAAUAUUCGCUAACUUCCUUUUUUUUCAUAAAAAAAAAUUAGAAAUGUUUUUUAAAGUUUCCUAUAAAGCAAAUUAAGAUUUUGUCAUGUGUGUUCUCAGUUAAUGGUCUUGGAGCCAGGAAAGGACCUUUUUUUUUUUUUUAGAAAUCAAGCUAUUUGUUGCAAAUUUAAUGAGUUUAAGGAGGAAUGCCACACCAACUUUUUAUUUUAUAGAUCCCUGAAUCAACCUUUUUAAACAAUGGUUUCUUUGAAAAAAUACAAAAAAAUUCAUAUAAAAUAAUUAAGAGCUAAUGUCGACCUUUCAAUGUUGAAAGCAUUGUUUAAAACGGAUGACUCAAAGAUCUAUAAAAUAAAAAGUUAGUUUAAUUUUUGAUGAAUUUCUUUAUGCCUAUUGACUUGAGCAUUAAUUACUGUUGGCAUUUGUUUUGUAUUAAACCUUCCAGGAUGAAUAAAUAAAUAAUA